GACUGUGGAAAAUCGCAAGGUCCUAGCUUAUUGUUCCAGAGGAGGAGUAGGCCCAGAAUCAAGUGGGGACGCGUUUCAGUUAAGUUGGUCAGGUCCCCUGUGUUAUGCCUUCCCUCCGUUCCCGCUUCUGGCACGGGUCCUCAGCAAGAUCCAGAGGGACAGAGCGUCCGUCAUCCUGGUGACCCCGUAUUGGCCGAGGCAACCAUGGUUUCACUCCCUUCUGAGUCUACAGACUCAAUCGAUCCGUCUCCCGGUGGUUCCCGAUCUCCUGACCUGCGGGGGGGUUCUUCACCACGACAUCAGGAGACUCAAACUCACAGCGUGGUUGAUCAGGCCGGGGCUGCCUUCUCCGAGGCUGUGACUAAUGUUCUCUUAAAUGCUAGACGUUUGUCUACCAGGCAGUCUUAUGCCCUUAAGUGGGACAAAUUUUCUGUGUGGUGUAGUCGCAGGGGUUUGGAUCCUUUUGAGUCCACCCUUUCUGAGAUUUUGGACUUUUUGUGGGAGGUAAAACAGGAGGGUUUGGCCAACUCCUCAGUCAAGGUUUAUCUGGCAGCCAUCUCUGCUUUUCACCCUCCAGUGGAUAGAAAGUCUGUUUUUUCCCACUAUUCUGCCAAAUUAUUUUUGAGGGGAUUGAAUAAUUUGUUUCCCCCUGUGCGGGCUUUGGUCCCUCAGUGGUCGUUGCCCCUGGUUCUGACUCGUUUGAUGUCUAAGCCGUUUGAACCCUUGGCUUCCUGUCCACUUCGUUUUUUGUCCAUGAAAGUGGCCUUUUUGGUUGCGGCUACUUCAGCCAGGAGGGUUGGGGAGCUAGCAGCGUUAUCUUGCGAGCCCCCUUAUUUGAAAUUUCACCCUGAGAAGGUCGUUCUUCGUACAAAGGUUGAGUUUUUACCUAAAGUAGUAUCCCGUUUUCAUUUAUCUCAGGAAUUGGUUCUGCCGGUUUUCUUUCCGACUCCGGCUUCUGAGGCAGAGGCGGCCCUUCAUUCUUUGGAUGUUCGCAGGGCCAUUUUAUUUUAUUUAGAUAGGGUAAAACCAUUUAGGAUUGACUCUAAUUUGUUUAUUUGUUUUGCUGGACCGAAGAAGGGUAACCGGGCUUCGGCUCAGACUAUCUCUAGAUGGGUGGUCCAGGCUAUACUGACCUGUUAUUCUGCUGCUAACUUACCUUGUCCUUUGCAAGUGCAUGCCCACUCCACCAGGUCCCAGGCGUCGUCAGCGGCUCUCUUCAGAGGUGUUCCACUCCAGGACAUCUGCAGGGCGGCGACGUGGGCCUCGGCGGAUACCUUUGUGAAGCAUUAUGCGCUGGACAUCCUAGAUAGAAAGGAGACAGCGGUGGGCACAGCAGUUCUGCACUCCAUCUUUGAGUGAUGCUUUGGCGUCACCUCCACCCAGGGGGCGGCGAAAGAGGAACUGAGGGUAU